AAGUCUUUCUCUCUUUUUUUGGCUUGCUCGACUCUUUGCUAAAUACUGACUUAAGCAAUGGAGUUUCACCGAACAUAUAUAUGCGUUUCUUCUUUUUUCGAAAUCAUCAUUUCUUUUUCAAAUUAUAAAAUUAUCAUUGAAGACAUGUGAAGAUCAAUUGGGUCCUCAUAUUGGAAUUGCCAUCAACACACACCUUAACUUUAGGUCGUUAUAUCAUUCACAAUAUCGAUUGUUUAUGCAUAUUAAUUCUAAUCGUCCCUUUUACGAAUGAGAAAUGACACAUUGGUAAUUAUCAAAAGCAAUAAAAUUCAUAUGUCUUAUUUCAGAUACAGGCUUUAGAAAGAAAAUAAAAAAGAUCACAAACUAUUACAUUUACAAAAGCAUGGUCAUUAUAUAGAAUCGAAAAUUUGAUCGACAUAACCUGAAAUGCAAAGCUUAGGGACAGAAAUGUACAUUAUUUAUUAUUCAAUUGAAAAUAGGUUACUAAUUAAUUGAAUGAAAUUAAUGUCACAUAAAAGUUCCAUUACAAAUUCAUCUAAGAAAGAUGUAGGAGAAAGGAAAUUAAAAGAAGAAAAAGAGAAAACGGUAUUUGUUGGGUGUUACGUAGAGCACAUAGUACGCCCCAAAUUCCUCUAAGCCAUUAAAAUCUGUCACAAAAACCCUCCAAUAAAUAAAUUUAGAAAUCAACAUUUCAUUUCCCCUCCAUCUAUCAAUCUAUCAAUCUAUCAAUCUAUCAAUCUUCUCUCUCUCUCUUUUUAAUUCUCCCAAAAUCACACAUCCAAUUCAUCCGAUUCCCCCCUGACAGACACAUCUCCACCGCCCUGCACCCACCACCAUGGUCCGCUGUCUCUUCACAUGCUUCGGCAAGAGCGACGAGAGCGGCGCCACGGGUAUCUCACACGAGAGAUCGUCAGCAACGGCGGAGGUAACGGCGGAGGAGCAGCAGCAGCAAGGGCGGGGCGGAGGCGUAGUGGUGGAGCUAUUCUCAUCACAAGGAUGUGCGACGUCACCGGAAGCUGAAGUUCUGGUGUCGAGAUUGGGGAGAGGAGAUUUCGAAUUGGAGGCGCCGGUAGUAGUGUUGGCUUACCAUGUGGAUUAUUGGGAUUAUAUGGGAUGGAAAGAUCCGUAUGGACAUAGCCAAUGGACGGUGCGGCAAAAGGCUUACGUUGAAGCGUUAGGACUUGAUACAAUGUUUACGCCUCAGGUUGUGGUUCAAGGCCGGGCUCAGGCUGUUGCUACCGAUCAAAGCAGUCUGUUGUCUAUGAUCAAAGAUGCCCCUAGAUAUCCCUCUCCUACUUUUCAGGCCACUUUCCAGAGGCCAACCACCGACAGCUUGGAAGUUACCCUAACCGGAGCAUUGAGGACGAAGGUGGACAGCGACGGCGCAAACGUAAUGGUGGCGCUGUACGAGAGCGGCCUGGUCACCGAUAUCACCGCCGGCGAAAACAAAGGUCGGGUUCUUGCCAACGAUUUCGUCGUAAGAAAAUUCGAAAAGCUCUGUUCCGUCAAAGACGCAUCCGCCAAGAAAACCGUCUCUGGCACCGUCACUUUCUCUCUCUGGGAAACAUUCGACGGCGCCAAAUGCGGCGUCGCCGUCUUCGUUCAGAACAAUUCACAUCAUAUUUUCGGUUCUCAGAUGUUUCAAUUGCCGGAAGAUAUAUGAAAUUUAGGCCGAAAUUGGACUGUGUUAUUGACUUUUCCAUGGAGCUUGACAAUGGCGACCGGUUUUGAUUCCGGCCAAGAUCGAUCGAGGCGGCCGUUUUUAUGUACAUGAUGUGUUAAAAAAUGUUUGGUAGAGUUUGAUUGUUUAAUUUCUUUUCUUCUUCUUCAUUCUUCAUUAUUUCUUUAAAUAGUUUUGUGAUUCUUUUUACUACUAUUACAUACUUUUUUAAAAAAAGAAAAAAAAAAAGAAAAAAAAGAAAACAAGACAUUGGUGGUAUUUUUUAUGUGGGAGAUUGGAUACAUAUUCCAAUUCAGAAAUUUAAUUUGCAUUCAUACAUUAUAAAAUUUUAUGUAGCCUAAA